AUGUCCCUCUUUUUCUUGGAUAUUUCCCCCCGCAGAGCCGCGCGUCUGUGCCGUCAAACUGCGUCCGUCCGUCCGGCGCUGGAGAUUUUGCGCACAACACCACCAAGAGGAGAUGAGAAGAGAGGAGAGAGAGAGAGCGAGAGAGAGAGGAGGGAGGUGGAGAGGAGGGCAGCAUCAGCCAGCGGCGGCCAGUGCGUCUGGAUGCGGCUCAACUCACAUCACAGCAACAGCACACAUGCGCUUUUUUACCCGAGCGAGCGAGCGAGCGAGCGGGGCAGCAGGGAGGCACCAGAGGAGAGGCGGUGUCACUCAGAGAAAGUCCUUAUCGCUCAUUGA